UUGGUAUAUAAAACCCUCCAUCUCACCUCACUUAUUUUCACUCCACUCCCAGCUAUCUUAAAACAUUCAGAUAGUCUCUCAUAGAAUGGCUAAAAUCAGCAUGGUACAAACCUUUCUUAGACUAGGGUUGCUCACACUAGUUUUGAUAGGGAUGAGCCAAAUUGUUGGGGCUCAGGUUGAAACUGAACUCAAGUGUUCUGCAGACAAAUUCUAUAAUUUGUUUAGGCACAAUAUGAUGCAGUUGACUACAAUUUUUCCUCAAAAUUUCAAAAGCAUCAAAAUUGUCAAAGGUGAUGGUAAAAGCGUGGGUUCUAUCUGGCAAUGGCACUAUGUUUUACCAGGGGCGUCUUCUAAAGUAAUGAUGCUCAAGGAAAUUGUUAAAUCUGUGGAUGAGGAUAAUAGGUCGAUCACAUUCAGUGCUGUGGGAGGAGACUUAUUUACUCAGUAUAAGAGUUUUGAAAUCACAAUGACUGUAACUCCUAAAGAUGUUGAUAAUAUUGAAGAGUCUGGUAGCAAAGUGAAAUGGUGGAUACAGUAUGAGAAACGAACAGAAGAUGCUCCUAGUCCUGAUGCAUAUAUCGGCCUUGCAGUUCAUGUUACUAAAGAGUUGGGUCACUACCUUCUCCAGUAGUAGCAUACUUCAAGACCGCCUGAAAAGCGGGUACCUGGAAUCGAUUGUUUUCUUUCGUGUGUUCAGGAUGUCUUAUAGUUUGAAUUUGCUAGUUGAUAUAUAUGUAAUGUGUUGUUGCCUUUCUUUUCUUAUGAUGCAUGUAAAUAUGUGUGUAAUAAUGUAUUAUGGGCUUUGUUAUUACCA